AGAUUGUACAUUCUGCUAUUCCAGGAAUUUUCCAAGGAUCUUUUAUUGAACAGGACAAUGUUUCUUAUUCUAUGGAAUCAACAAAAUCUAAUGAUAUACCCAUCUUGAGAAAUGUCCCUGGUUCAUUUUCUGACCAUUAUAUAAAAUAUUUACAACAUUGCGGUAUUUUUGUUCCAAAAGAUGGCAAUUCUAGUGGCCCUGAUGCAUAUGUUAUAUUCCAUAAUGGACAAACACGUUAUAUUGUUGGAUUUUCAUUUACAUUUUAUCACAAAACUGAAUUUUCGAAAACAAAUAUUGAGGAGGAAGCCAAAAAAUUUUUUAAGGGAGUUGUUUCCGUUUUGAAUGACGGAUCUCCUUCAUCUGUUCAACUUUGUUUUCAGUUUGUGGUGGUAGUUUGUACUAGAUAUGAUCGAUCUGUAGGUUUCUCUGUUGAAGAACAUAGUAUUGUUCAAAAUACAAGUUGUUCGGUUACUGAACAUUCUUCACGGUCAACUUUGAAUGGAAGUAGUCGAUCAUGUCUGCAAGUGGUAAUUGUUUCCCAAAGGAACCUUGAACGAUUUUUUGGAAUAAAUAAUGUCGAAAUGUUGAGGAAAAUUGGCGAGGCAAGCCGAGAAGAGUUCAGUAAAGACUUUUCAGUANGAGUUUCUUUUCAAUCUGCGUUAUUACCGGAAGAAGUUGCCACUCGUUAUGCUUUGACAUUUCCUCGUAUAUUUGGAGAUAAUUCUCAAGUGAUUCGAAGAAAGUCACUAGAGUUAAUGGGUAUACCAGAGCAAUACAUUCAAAAAGUUCUAAUAGCUGCAGUAUUACUGAAAGAAAACACAGAAAUGAAAGAAUAAUCAGCUGCUUUCAAAUUUGUGUUAUUGAGGGACAUUCUUUUUAGAAAAUAGAGUGGAAAGUAGGAGAGGGAGGAGAGAAGAAGUUCUUUGUGUUUUCAUUCUAAUUGAAGCUUACAACAACAAAGCUUAUCUCUGUUUGUGAGCUUUUAUAUUUUUCCAUGAAAACGGACGAAUAAAACUAUCUUUUUUAUGUUAAUAAACGCUGGUUGAGUUUAACUGAGACGAGAAUACACGUGCACUCAAUCUUCGAACUCAUUGUUGUUUGGCUGGCAGCGUAAAGGCACAAGCUUGUCAAUUAUGCAAACUGGUCAGCUUUUGAAUAUUUAAACAAGCAAGUGGAGAACAUAAGUUUUAUUGACUAAGAAUUACUUGCUCUGUUUGUAGUUUCUAUGCGAAUAAUCAUCCAGAAACUUUGUCGUUAUCAUCCCCAGAAUCUGUAGUUUUUUCGCUUUUCAUUGCAAAUAUACGUCGGAGUAACUUCUACUUAUAUCAAACAAUCCAAGGACAUAUAUGUGGUCUGUUCCUUUUUGGACAUCUUCUCAAGUUUACUUUUUCUUUCAAAAUUUAGAAUCUGCAUAUUCUUAUGAAUAUAUUCAAUAGUUUUUCUCUUGUUGCAAAGUGAGCAAGUCAUCAUAGUCUCGUGAAUAAUGUUUGAAAAAUUGAGAAUUUGGAUGGAAGAAACUGAAGAAUAUUUCA